AUGGAGGGACCAGGAAGUGAUACAGAAGAGGACCAGGCAAAGGGGCGUGAUUUGCCGCCGACGUUCGGGGGGAACCCGCUCAGGGCUCAAAAAUGGUUUGGACUUUACGAGAAAUGGGCCGUCAAACAAGGUUUAAGGAGCGAUUCCCAAAAGCUCGAAAAAGUAGGCGCUUCUUUCACGAAACUCGCAGAAGAGUGGUACCUCGCUCGUGAUGUAGCGAUUCCGUCGUGGGAAGUCUUCAAGAGCGAGUUCGCCUGCAGAUUUCUGCGGCCAGAAGCUUUGUCAUCGCACUACCACAUGUCGCUGCGGAGACUGAAACAGGAUGGGGAGACCGGCUUUUGUACGCAUCUGAUUGAGGUCCAACGUCUCUGCUCCUUGGCGGACCCGGAGAUGUCUGAGCAUGAGCAAAUUAAGUGGUUCCUCAAGUCCGUCCGUACGGACUAUAGGCCCAGCCUAGUGGUCUGUGGAUUCCAAUCCAUGGCCGAUGUGAGAGACAAAUGCGCUAUCAUCGAUGGCAUCGAGCCAUUCCACAACCAACCCGCACCGGAACCUAAGAGUUGCUCGAGGUCGUGGAAACCAUAUCCGGGUAGCGGUUAUCCACUCCGCGAGUGGAACCGGGGUUUUGCCGUAGGCCCGGGUCCUUCUCGAGCAAACGCUUCCGCGUCCGGCCCGUCAGCCAAUAGGCGUAGACGGAGGAAUAAUGAAUCUGGGGCGCGACGGGGUGAUGCAGCCGCGCAUGCCCCUGCCAAUCCACAGGGCGAGGCUCCUCAGCCGGAUAUCCCGCCACAAAAUCCACCCGAUGAUCCACCGCAAGAUCCGCAUGAGCUUCCGCCGCAAAAUCCUCCAGACGUUCCGCUGCCAGAUCGACCCGAUUCUCCACCGCAAGAUCGACCCGAUUCUCCGCCGCAAGAUCGACCCGAUUCUCCACCGCAAGAUCCACCCGAUGGUCCACCGCAAUUUCCACCCGAUGGUCCACCGCAAGAUCCACCCGGUGGUCCACUGCAAGAUCCACCCGGUAGUCGCCCGCUGGAUCCACAGAAUCCAUUGGUCGGAGCGUCCGAUCAACCUCAGGUCGAAGCACCCGACCAGCCUCAGGUCGAAGCGCCUGAUCGGCUCAACGUCGAAGCGCCCGAUCGGCCUAACGUCGAAGCGCCCGAUCAGCCCGACGUCGAAGCCCGCGAUCGGCCUAACAUCGAAGCGCCUGAUCGGCUUAACGUCGAAGCGCCCGAUCAGCCCGACGUCGAAGCCCGCGAUCGGCCUAACGUCGAAGCGCCCGAUCGGCCUAACGUCGGAGCCCCCGAUCUGCCUCGGGAUGGAGCGCCCGAUCGGCCUAACGUCGGAGCCCCCGAUCUGCCUCGGGAUGGAGCGCCCGAUCGGCCUCAGAUCGGAGCGCUCAAUCGGCCUCACGUUGGAGCGCCGAAUCGGCACCGUAAUGCGCAGCCCGUUCGGAACCGUGUUCCACAACCCAAUCGGCGGCGUAAUCCACGACCCAAUCGACCACCGAAUCCAGUGGUGAAUCGACCACCGAAUCCAGUGGGGAAUCGACCACCGAAUCCAGUGGGGAAUCGACUGCCGAAUCCAGUGGGGAAUCGACUGCCGAAUCCAGUGGUGAAUCGACUGCCAAAUCUAGUGGGCGAUCGACCUCCGAAUCCAAUGGUCGAACGAGCUCCGAAUCCAGCGGUCGAUCAGCGCCGCGCUGCACCACUCGACCGGGUUAUCAACCGGAAAAUCCUCUGCGGGAUAUGUGGCCGUUCCGGACACAUCAGCAGGCAGUGUCGUCAGAGGUGA